GUUUGAAGGUUACCAAGGGAGCUGUCGGACCGGUGUGUCCGUCGUUUGCUGGAGAGGUUUUCUUAAAGAAAAAAAAUCCGUGUGGUUUUAGAGAGCAACGGAGUGAAUUUUCAAAAUGGAUCCUAUGAAGGCACAGCAGCUUGCGGCGGAGUUAGAAGUGGAGAUGAUGGCUGAUAUGUACAAUCGGAUGACCAAAGCCUGCCGCAGGAAGUGCGUGCCUCCCCAUUACAAGGAGGCGGAGCUGACCAAGGGUGAGUCGGUGUGCUUGGACCGCUGUGUGGCCAAAUACCUGGACCUGCAUGAGAAACUUGGACGCAAGCUGACUGAACUCUCCGUGCAGGACGAGAAGAUGAUGAGGAAGGAGGCUAUUGGAAGUGGCUAGAUCAACCCAGAGACUGGCGGAGGGAAUGGAAAGGACUGCAUUGUGGGAUUUUGGGGGUGGGGGGUAUGUGAAAGGGGUAUUGCGUGUGAAUUCUCUCGAUGACCGUUGUAAAGAUAUGGGCUGCUUUGCUAUAAUCUCAAAAGCCAUAUUCAUGGUUAAUGAGGAGAGUGAGGCGAACUGUCAUCUGCUGCACUGAAGGGUGGCGCUAAAAUGGGCUUAAAGUAAAUGGUGAAGAACUUCGGGUUGGGACUCAGUCUAAUAUUGGUUCAUCUGGGACAUCCAUCAACCGGUAAUAAGACUGUCAUAUACUUGGCUGGGGGUCAGGAUUUGCUUGAGAUGGUUCUUCAAAAGUCACUGAGAUUUAAUUGAUUCGGAAAAAACCUGAAUCCCAUAGUACAUUCAAGUUAUGCACAGAGAUUGUUUUACCCUGCUGGGAGUACAAGGCCAGAGAAAUUGGUUGCAUCAGGACAACUUGGGGUGGUGUCAGCUGUGUUGUUCAAUAACAGAAAAUGUGUAUGAAAUUGAUCCACCAAUACGUCAUCUGGAAGUUGAAGCUCUCUGAUACCUGUGUUGUCCUUGAUGAGAAAUUCUGGUACUUACAGGAGGUUAAAAAUAAUUAUCUGUCAAUGCCGCUGUAACAGUCACAGAACGGGACUUGGGGGAAUUCGUUUUCUGGACGGCAGGUGGUGCUCGUGGGUGCUGUUUAUAAAGGCGUAAUCAGCGUGUAGAGGAGCUGUUCUUAUAUAAUUAUCAUGCAAGCACAGAUGUCGAUUCCAUAUACAACCUCUUACUCAAAUGCAUUUUAAGAUUUUUCCCCCAAACGUAAGGGUCAUACCUGUGUAAUGCAGAAGAGGGAGCGACUGGAUAGGACGAUAUAAAUUAUGUUCUUAAAAAAAAAUAGAUAUUUGGUCCAUUUGUUUCUUACCAGAGACACGUCAGUUUACGUUGAUAACAUAUAAUGAUAAUAAUAUUAAUUACAUUUUUAUAGCGCUUUUCUAGACACCCAAAGCGCUUAUGUUAUGUCAAUAUCACAAACCCGUGUUAGUUUUUCUCACUGUACGUCAUGUCAAUGUGAAUACAGACUUGCUGAUUGGCAGGUUUCUUUUCCUCCAGUGUUGAUAUCCAAUCAGAUUUGCUAAUGAUGGUGGAUUUAACACUAUUCAGUCAUUUUUACAUGUGAUUUUUUUUCCUUUUCUGUUCAACAUGUAUGGUCUGUGUUUUUGGAUUAUGAUAUUUCCGUGUUUUUUGUUUUUGCCCCCCCCCCCUCAGUCCUUUUAAUAUUGUUUGAACAUGGUGGUUUCAAGGCUGGGUGGGGGCUGUUCUAUUCCACUGGGCUUUUUACAGUAUUUCAGCUGCACAAACGUGUAAAUAAAAAGGUGUCCAUUUUAAUUGCAUUAUAAUGUUUUCCAUUAUCCUGAUAAAUGGAGGAUUAAAAAAAAAAA